GAUGGUGGUUGGAGUGAUUGGUCCGAGUAUGCAGCAACCGGAAGCUGUAGUACCACAUGUGGCAAUGGAACUUUAACUGAGCAGAGAAACAGAACAUGUAACAAUCCAGCUACUUCCGGUGGUGGCACGCCAUGUUCCGGAAGUACUCGAGAGACCAGAACCGUUCCUUGCUUUGUUCGAGAAUGUCCAAUCAAUGGUGGAUUUGGAGAAUGGGGUAAUUGGACUAGACACGGCGCAUGCUCGGUGACCUGUGGUGAAGGUUUGAUCGCUGAAAAACGUAACAGAUCAUGUGACAACCCCGAGCCUCGUUAUGGCGGUGAAGAAUGUGUUGGCCAAUCAGAAGAGGGCAGAAGUGUCGAAUGCUCAAUGGCGGAAUGUAAUGGUUGGUAUUGCUAA